CUUGUAAACUCCGGGAGGAUCAAAAAGGGCGCGCUAUGCUGACGCAUAUUUUGUUUUUGUUCCUGCGGCUCUGUUUCCUCCGUUCGUAUCUGCUGUCAGCCAAGCAUCACUCCCUAUGUCCAUGGUGAACCUGCCCCGACCUCGUUAGACCAUCUAGGCCGCGUCUGGUCCCUUGAUUAUCGUGGAGCUGCAGGACGCCGGCCGAGCCAAUCCAAUCCGUGUACUGGAUCAGAUCAUCACAGAUCACCUCUCAGCUAGGCUUGCCGGGCUAUCGAUAUGUCUUCUCUGGAAACAUCCCCGGGCGAUGACGUGCGCAAGCGCAGGGCUCAUAAGAAGUCUAGAAAGGGGUGUGGAAACUGCAAGUUGCGGCGGGUGAAAUGCGACGAGACUAAACCCCGAUGCGUGAAAUGCGUCUCGUACGGCGUGACAUGCUCCUACGCCCCCACGUCCGCGGCGACGGCCCUCUCUGUGGAAGUGGCGUUUAGUGUUGACCUCUCGUCUGCUUCAACUACUCCCACACCUCCUCAACCGAGAGCUGAUCCCGCUCCGCCUGCUCGGGCCCCCCUCCCGCCCCGUUACGUCCCCCCGCCGUUACCACAAACCGGAUCCAUGGAAAGCCCAGACGCGGCGUAUCAGUUGACUCCAACAGACGUCCGCCUCCUCGAACGCUUCCAGAAGAGGACAGUCCUGAGCCUCGGCUCCGCAAAGAGUAGAACAAUCUACGAGAAAAAGACCCUCCCCAUCGCAUUCUGCCACCCCGUGGUAAUGCACACAGUAAUAGCAAUGACCCACCUCCACGACCUAACCCUCCUCACGCCCUCCAACACCCCGCCCUCCCAGGCAACCCAAACAGCCCUAGCCUACCACUGGUACCGCGGCGUCUCCCUCCUCCACCGCAAGCUCUCCAACCCCAUCCUCCCCAGCGAGCGCGACGCCCUCUGGCUCGCGGCGGCCUUCAUCAGCGUCGCCGCCUUUGCCAACGUCGCCUCCCUCGCCGCGCCCCGCGACGCCUGGCCGCUGAGGCAGGGGUGCCCCUCGGACCUCGACUGGCUCAAGCUAGGCGACGGGAAGAAGCAGGUGUGGAAGAUGACGGAUACGCUACGCGCGCCGAGGGGCGUGUUUGCGGAUGCGGCGAGCGAGUUGUAUGCUCACUUGAUGAAGCCCGUCGAGGCACCCUGCUGUAGCACCAUCGAUGAUGGACCCGAGGAGAAAGGAAAGACGACGGACGCAUGGAGUCCUCCCCUACCGGAAGGCUUCGCAGACCUCUUCGACCUCAUCCAGGACCCAACCCACGCGAACCCGUACUUCACAGCCGCCGCCUCCCUCGUCGUCUGCUGGCGCGUACCGCCCGCAGUGACAGCGGACCCGGACUCGAUCGAGCUGAUCAAGCCCUUCAUGGGCUUCAUCAGCAAGCUGGACCCGCGGUUCCGGCGGCUGCUCGAGGAGAAAGACGAGCGGGCGAUGCUGCUGCUGGCGUACUGGUUCGCGCGGGUGUGUGAUCGGAAGCACUGGUGGAUGUGGAAGCGCGCCGUGCUGGAGACGAGGGCGAUUUGCGAGUAUUUGGAGGCGAGGUGGCGGGGGAGGUGGGAGGUAAGGCUGGUUGCGUUUCCGAGGAUGAUGGCCGAUCAGUGCGGGCUGUUGUGA